AUGGCAGGACGCGGUGGACCUAAGAAAGAAUUGGACCCUGAAGAGCUGAUGAAACGAAAGUUUCACGCAAAAUGUCUAUUCCGUGCUUUGGGGCGUAUGGUUAUGGCAAAUGCUUACUGGCUAAUUGAAGGAGUAGACCACUAUGAGGGCUUAGACGACGUCAAACGGAGGGUAGAACAAGCCGUGCGCGGGAAAGCGAAGAAGAAGCAUUUGUUAAGCAUACACGAUAAAGCUCUCUUAAACAAGCCCGCAGAGGAACGUACUGAUCAAGAAAAGAAGUAUAUUUUUCGUAUAAUAGGUGGUUUGAAAUGUUUCAAAAGGUAUCCGAACCAUGUCAAGAAAAAGCUUGCCGCCGUAACAUAUUUCAAGUACUAUGGACCCGGAAGAACUAUAGUACGUCAGCACCACGAAGCACACGCUCUUUACUUCAUCAUCACCGGUGAUGUAGUCGUUAGCCAGAUGAUCUUCGAUGAACUCCUUCAGCAAUAUGUCUCCAUCGAAGUUGGUGUGAUGCACCCGGGUGAUAUGUUCGGAGAAGUUUCUCUCUUGCACAAUAUACCCAGAACCGCGACUGUAUCUACAACUGGCCAUUGCGAAUUACUUGCUCUGAUGAAGGAGGAUUUCAAGAAUGUCCUACAAGCGUCUGUGCAAAAGCAGUGGGAUGAAGUACGACGUGCUAUGUCAGCGUUUACCUACUUCGACGCCCUCGACGAGGUGGCGCGCCGCGAAGGUUGUAUUGUUGCCAAGAUGAAGUCGUAUGAACCGAACGAGACUCUUCUCGGAGAUGGCGUGGGCGUCGCCAAUUUCGUCUACUUCAUCCUAUCAGGCAGAUGUCAGAUGAUUGAGUCUCUACAAGUGAUCAUAACAACGCGUCUGGGUCGCAAUUAUUAUGCUCUAUAUGAUCCAUAUGUAGGUAUUCUAUUUGCAGCAGUAUUUGAUAGACCGUCACGAGUGUGUUAUCAUCUAAAGGUUGCCAAAGAAGAGAGCGAACAGGACUUUGAUACAAAAUACUUUGGCGCUUAUAAGAAUUUGAAAACAGACAGUGGGAGCACUGAAGGCAGAGAUUCAGUUGACACUAAGGCGUUAGAUCAGGGCAAUAAAAGUGACACAAAACCCAGAGCCAGUAUCCUAAAAACAGCAAGUGGCUCGAAACGCAAAUCUUCAGACACUGAAAGGCGCGAGAGUGUUCAAAUUGUUGAUCAAGACAAGCCCAGAACGAGCAAAGAAAGUGCCACAUCUACUAAUGAUGAUACAAAAUCACGCGAUUUUUUAAGACCAUCACUCGAUGGCGAUUUACGACCGUCAGUCAGGUUAAGUGUUAUUGCUGAAACAACAGCGCCGUCGCGACCACCACCGAAUUUUAAGACAUAUUUCAUGCAGGUGUGCCAGCUCAAUCCAGGCUCGAGUUUCGGUUUCGGUGAGAAUAUGCGAGAUCGCCGUAUUGUUGCGCUUACGCAUGUGGAUUGCAUGCUUUUGCCAAAAAUAUGGUUGUUACAGCGAAACACAGCAAAUAUUUGGACUAGAAUUCAACACUAUUUGGAAAAGAAGAUACCAACGAAGAAGCAACUGUUUAAAGAGUUCGUGUCGUCCAGACGUUGGCAGGAGUUUCGCGAAGAACUGGUGGAUGACGUCAUUGCUCGUUCUAAUACGGUCAAUUGGACCUCCGUCCACGACGUACCAUAUUCUAUUCGAAUGGAAGAGAUUACAAUUUAUGUAAUUACAACUAACAACUUGAAUUUAAUCCGAGCGACAGCAGCGCUUUUAACGAAGGUUUAUCGCCGAACUGGAUUCGGUGCGGUGCGAACAGAUUCUACUCUGUCGAAGAGAGUCUUCGCAUGUGACAGUCUGAUGGGCAUUCGCCAGAAUCCCUGGACACCUACCAAGCGACGUGGUCCGAUUGCUGCUGAAGCUGCCAGUCCUGGCCCAGCCGUUGUGUCUUUGCCUUCACUUAUUGGCAAACCUCCUCCCGAGUCACGCAAAUCAAGAGCACCAGCUUUCACGUUUGGCCAGAAGUUGGACCCAGCUGGAAAGGAAAAGACCGGCCCAGGGCCCGCUACUUACAACACCGAGGGAAUGACAGCGAAAGCUCCGAACAUUUAUUCUAUGCCACCGGUACUCGGCGAGGCAAGGGAAGGCAGCAAGCGAGCAGCACCUGCGUUCAGCAUCACCGGAAGAGGGAAAGCAGUGGAGUCCAAAACUCCUUUACCUGGUCCCGGGACAUAUACUAUGGACAAAGCAGCAACUGUAGUUACAAAAAGGCCACCAGCAUAUACUAUGGCACCCAGGCGGGAAGUCAAACAUCCGUCAGCCGCUGUACCUGGCCCUGGAGUGUACUGCCCUGAAAAGGUCGAACACCAGCAUAUAGUAACAAAGCACACAAUAUCGAGCAAGAUGAAAACCGGAAAUUACGAACAAGUGCCAGCACCUAACGCUUACAAUCCAGAAAAGGCCGACAGACUUCUACGGGAGAAGUCACCCGCUUUUUCUUUUCGGGUAAAGACAGAGGUCAUAAAAUCUCUUAAUGCCCCUGGCCCAAACGUAUAUUCGCCUGAAAAGUCUAUUCAUUCUCUUAAAAAUGGACCAAAAUACACCCUCGCAGGCAAGGGUGCUGCUGAAAAACAUGAGAAAACGCCAGCUCCUAAUUCAUAUAAUCCUCAAAAAGCCGAUAAAGUUUUGCAUGAAUCAUCUCCGUCAUACACAAUGCGGCCUAAAGAAUUUGUCGAAAAAAUCGAGCAAACACCAGCGCCGAAUGUAUAUUCUCCUGAAAAAUCCGUUCAAAUUUUUCAUAGUACACCUAAAUUCAGUAUUAUUGGAAAAGGAUUGACGACUAAAAUAGAACAAACCCCUGCUCCUAAUAGCUAUAAUCCUGAAAAGGCUGACAAAGUUUUGCAUGAAAGUACUCCAGCCUAUUCUUUUCGAAUUAAAGAUCAACAUAUAGUGAGAAGUGAAUCACCAGCUCCUAACGUUUAUUCACCUGAAAAAUCCAUUCAUUCUCUAGACAAUUCUCCUAAAUUCACUAUCAGUGGAAAAGGUAAAUCUGAAAAAAUUGCUGAUACUCCAGCCCCAAAUGUAUACUGUUUAGAUAAAGCUGACAAGUUGUUACAUGACUCAUCACCGGCGUAUACAUUUCGCACGAAAGAUGAUAUUGUAAUAGAUAGUACCAAUCCGGCACCUAAUAUUUAUGCACCAGAGAAAUGUAUUCGUAUGCUAGAAAGCUCACCAAAGUUUACAAUUUCUGGGAAGGCACGUACACCUAAGAUUGAUAAUUUACCAGCUCCUAAUGCCUAUACUCCAGAUAAAGCUGACAAACUCCUUCACGAAAGUACUCCUGCAUUUACAUUUCGGCCUAAAAAUCUUAUAGAAAAAUCUAACGACACUCCAGCGCCUAAUAUGUAUGAUCCACGUUUAUUUGAUGGAUCUCCAAAAUUCACGAUUCCCGGAAAAGGCCAAUCUGGUAAACAACCGGAUGUUCCAGCACCAAACGCAUAUGAUCCUCAUCUUCAGAGUAAUUCUCCUAAAUUUUCAUUAGCUGGAAAAGGCAGAGAAGGUAAACCUUUUGACACACCAGGACCUAACUACUACGACCCUACUUUACCAAGCAGUACCCCAAAAUUUACAAUUUCCGGAAAAGGCCCCGAUGGAAAAGCCUCUGAUGUACCCGGUCCUAAUGUAUACAAUCCUCAUUUAUCUGACGGCACUCCUAAAUUUACGAUUUCUGGAAAAGGACCGUCGCCAAAGCUUAUGGACACACCAGGACCAGCUGCAUAUGAUCCACGUUUAUCAAAUACUACUCCAAGAUUCACUAUAUCAGGAAAAGGACCUGAUUCAAAAAUUUCAGAUGUACCAGCUCCAAAUUCUUAUAACCCUCAUCUUUUAGAUAAUACGCCAAAGUUUACAAUUCAUGGAAAAGGAAAACCAGAUAAAAUACCAGAUACGCCAGCCCCAAAUACUUAUGACCCCAAUAUAAUAGCCCUGGAUGGCGCACCAAAAUAUAGUUUUGGGCAUAAAGCACCAUCAGCAAAGCCGUCUAAUUAUCCACCGCCAAAUGCUUAUAAUCCCCAAAAUGCAGAUAAAGUUAUUCAUGGGAAUUCACCAGCAUUUACUUUCAGUCCGAGAAUUGAUGAUGGAAAAAUUCCUAACACUCCGGCUCCAAAUUAUUAUGACCCAGAUAAAGGUGCUAAAGCUACACAUCCAACCGGGCCAGCGUAUACGUUUAGACCAAAAAUAGAAAAUGGAAAAAUCGUUAACACCCCUGCGCCUAAUGCGUAUAACCCUGAAAUAGCGAAUAAAAUUAUAUUUGAGAAAAAUCCCUUAUAUUCUUUAUAUCCAAAGGGCAAAGAAGACAAAAUUAGUGACGUACCAGCACCGAAUGUUUACAGUCCCGAAAAAGCUGAUAAAAUUUUGAUGGAUAGUGCACCUCGAUACUCAUUUAGAAUUAAAACAAAACUUCCAAAAGCAGAUAAUGUACCUGCGCCUAAUUCGUAUAAACCAGAUAAAGCUGACAAAGUAUUGCUUCAUAAUGCCCCUCAGUACACUUUCAGAAUAAAGACUGACGCCCUUAAAGUUUUAAAUACACCAGCACCUAACUCGUACACUUUACCAGUGCCUGUGAAGACACCUCUGUACACAAUAUCAGGAAGGCACAAGGAACCAAUCGAUGAACGUUUAAAGGUACCAGCUCCUGGAAGUUACGAUCCAGAAAAGAGUUCUAAGUUUGUGCUAACAUAUUCUCCGCAGUACACAUUUGGUGUUAAGAUUCACACAGAUAAAUAUGCAGAAACGCCAGCUCCUAACACUUACCGCAUUCCAUCAGUUCUUGAUUCACCGGUAUACACGAUUUCGGGCCGGCAUAAGGUACCAAUAGAUGAUCGUGUAAAAGUACCAGCACCUGGCACAUAUUCACCUGAGAAGGUGCUGUUAAAUAGAACUCCACAAAUAACGUUUGGAAUAAAGCAUUCUCCUUUGCUUGGGCAGUUAAAACCGAUAGCCUCUCAAAGGAAUCACACGGAACUGAUUGACAAAAAAAAUUAA